UCUCAGAAACGGUUAACUAAACUAAAAACUGUUAUUUCGCAUUUUUUUAAAUGCCUUGCAGUCGAGAAAUACACGCUACAAAAUGCUGACGAUAAUACUUGCGUUUCAUUUAUCUCACGGGAAAUGUACAGUAUAUAGGCUACUGUAUGAUAUAGGCAAUAAUGCAGAAAUCCUGAUAGUAGUAGGCUACUAUGCAUGCAAUUCCUUGACUUCCCUAGAGUCGAGCUUCGCGAAUCGGUUCGUUCGAAUCAUUGAUAAGAACCGGUUCAAUAGAACGAUUCGUUCGCGAAUCGAACAUCGCUACUUGUGAUUUUCAGCCGGUCAUUAUUGCUCAGGAUGCCUAGCGACAGCAGGAGAGAUGUAGAUGGAAAGCGCUGCAUGGCUCAGAUUGCGGAGGAUGCUGGCGAACAAGACAGCAGAUGUGUCUCGCCUGCUGUGGGAAUAUAAACUAAGAACAAGUUUAAAGAUUUGCCAAAUGGUUGCGGAUGGAGAAUGUGUGGUCGUUAUGAUCUGGGGGCUGAUCACUCGUUUCCCCACUGACAGUGAUGACAAAAUCAAGAAGGAUGGAAGAAUGAUAAACUUGGAUGAGUGGAAGCGAUUGCAACUCGCCACCUGUUAGUUGAAUAUCAGUGCUGUUUCCCUGACCUUAGCACAUGGAUUUCAAGACAUCACAUGAAGAGACAAAGACUGGGAUUUAUUUGUUGCAAGAUGGUAAUGAGGAGCCUUUCAAUAUCCGUUUGCACCUGGCCAAAGAUAUUCUCACCAUUCAAGAGCAAGACGUCAUCUGUGUUUCUGGAGAACCGUUCUACUCAAGUGAAAGAACAGUAACGAUCAGACGGCAAACAAUCGGAGGGUUUGGUUUGAGUAUCAAGGGUGGUGCCGAACACAAAAUCCCUGUUGUGAUAUCUAAAAUAUCAAAAGAACAGAAGGCGGAACUCUCUGGACUGCUGUUUAUUGGAGAUGGAAUUCUCCAGAUAAACGGCAUUAACGUGAGGAGCUAUCGCCAUGAAGAAGUGGUACAGGUUCUGCGUAAUGCCGGUGAGGAGGUGACUCUGACUGUGUCUUUCUUGAAGAGGACACCUGCUUUCCUGAAACUGCCUCUCUGUGAAGACUGCUCAUGUAUACCGUGUGACCAGAGCAGUGGCACAUCAUCUCCAUUGUGUGACAGUGGUCUACACUUGAACUACCAUCCCAACAACACGGACACUUUGUCUUGCUCGUCUUGGCCGAUGUCUCCUGGUCUACGCUGGGAGAAGAGAUGGAUAGAUCUUCGAUUGAUCCCCCUUCUGCACGCUUGUCUGUCCCAGUAUGUCCCAUUUACUGACAUUUCCAGGCAAAAUGCCUUUCAAGUGAUUGCGGUAGAUGGCGUUAGCAGUGGGGUAAUUCAGUGCCCCAGUACUGAAGAAUGCACUGACUGGCUGCAAGCAAUAGCUACUAACAUUUCUGCUCUAACCAAGCACAACGUUAAGAAGAUAAACAGGAACUUUCCAGUAAACCAGCAGAUCACAUAUAUGGGCUGGGUGGAUGAGAAAGAGCAAGAUUCGGUUCAGGAUCGAAUGUACACACCAAAGUUUCUUGCCUUGAGGGGUUCUUCACUCUUUAAGUUCUCGGCACCUCCUGUCACCACCUGGGACUGGACCAGAGCCGAGAAGAGCUUCACCGUCUACGAGAUCAUGUUCAAGAUUCUUAAGGACAAUGAGCUAUUAGACAAACGGAAGCACUGCUUCACUGUUCAGACGGACUCAGGAGAGGACAUCUUCUUCAGCGUGGAGCUCGAAUGUGAGCUGCUUCUCUGGGAGAAAGCAUUUCAUAUGACAACAUUCUUUGAAGUGGAGCGAAUACAGUGUAAAACAUACGCUUGCAUUGUGGACAGCCAUCUCAUGGGACUCACCGUCGAUUUCAGCAUGGGGUUUGUGUGUUUCGACGCCGCGUCAAAGGCGGUGCUGUGGCGACAUAAAUUCUCUCAGCUUAAAGGAUCAUCAGAUGACGGCAAGAGUAAAAUCAAAUUUCUGUUCCAGAAUCAAGACACGAAACUUAUUGAAGCGAAGGAACUGGAGUUCUCAAACCUCUUUGCGGUUCUCCACUGCAUCCAUGCGUUCUUUGCCGCCAAGGUGGCUUGUUUGGAUCCCAUGUUUGUCAGCAGCCAAAAUGCUGCCAUGGCCCCUGUUGUCUCCACGGCUCCGACAUUAACGGCCACAUCACAGAUAUCAAAAAUAAAGUACUCGAGCUGACAGACUCUUGUGUCAGUUUCAUUCCUCAUAGACAUUCAGAGGAACAAUCCCAAAUAAACAAUGGACAAAUGAUGGAUUUCCACUUUUUGAAGGAAAAAGGCAAGUCAUGUAAACAUUCACAAUCUCUGUAUGCUAUAUCAUCUAGAUGGGAAACAGACCUUAGACAUUAUGCGACCGAUCGAUCCGGGAUAUGAAUUUCUGAGUUAUGAGUUAUGUUAAAGUUUCUAGUCGAAUGCAAACAUACCACACGUUUACGAUGUUCAGUGAACCUUACAUCCCUUUCAACUACAAUUACUGUCAUUAGAAAGUUAGACUCCUCCCCUUUUGAUAGUGCAAUAUAUCUGUUUGCAUUAGAAAGAUAUUAACAGUUCUUUAUGUGUAUUAUUUUAGAAUAUUAUUUAAUCUGGUUAUUGAUUGGAGUGAACCCUUUUGUGAAACUGCCAUGGAGUGCACCAUAAAUGUUAUUGAACGCUCUGUUAAUAUUCUAAUUUUGUGUCAAAUAGCUAUUUAGUUAACCAAAGUAAUACCAGCCACCAUAAUUGUACCGUAAACGCACCAGAAAUGAACCUUUCAGAAUGUCCAUCUGAAUCUAAUGUAAGAAAUCUAGUGCCUAAGUAUUAUAUUGGUCAUAUUGGCGGGCUAUACCAUAUUAUCAUUCCUGGUGAUUUUUAUAUUUAUAACUUACAAAAAUCGCCACUAUUAACACUGACUCCUAUCUUACUACCCAGACAAACAACAGACGGGAGAACGGGUGUGUUAUUUUCGUAUUUGACCUAUUUUGAUACUUUUAAGUCCUUUAUUAAAGAUCCAAUCCUGAAAGUGAAUAUGAAGAAUUGGGUUUGAUUAAUGGAAUUGUAUGAUGCAUAUUUUCUGUACAUGCUAACAAUUGUAAGGAUUGCCUUUUAUUUUAUUAUCUUUACGUCCUUCUUGCAUCUAAGAUAAAUAAUAGACUAUCACCCUGUAAACCUUGUUAAAGUCAACCUGAAAUCAAAAUUGACCCUGUUUAUUUUCUAAAUACACAAUCAUGACACAUUCAGGACCCAUCCUCCCCAUUUCGUUAUGAAUGCCAUUUCGUGUUGACUUGGCUCAUGUUCAAAAGUUAAAACAUUUCUCUGUAUUUUUGUACAUAUUUAAAGCUGCUGUUGCAAUCUGUAAUCUAACCAGUUACUAGCGUCAUGAGCAGGGGACAACACGAGUCAUGUUAUCUAGCAUUUUGGCCAAAGCUUCAAUCAUCCAAUUUUAGGCAUGUACUCAUUCUAAUCUAUAUAUUUCUGCUAAAAUGAUUUUUUUCAUCCAAUCUAAACCAUUAGAUAAUAGGUUCAAAAUGUUCCUACUCUGAACUUUUGUACACUCCCAGAAGGUUUUAACCAUUGAACACCCACCAAGUGGCCACCCUAAAUUUAAGGUGGUUAAACAUGAUUUGCUACAAAAAAAUAUAUGACCUGAGAAGCAUUAAAAUCUUAUAUUUUGUCAUAGUCCUGAUGUUGAGUGAGCACGGAGUGUGUACGUUUAUGCAAAAGAAAGCUUUUUAACCCAAAAUGGGAUAUCUUUGAAAAUGAUGGUACUUGAAAAGAGGUCCAAAAUAAUGAUUUUAUUUUUCAGCAAAUUAUGAUUUGUUUUAAUAGAAAAUGUAUAGCUA